AUGACGGCGAAAGUUCCACGAAAUUUCCGUCUUCUAGAGGAGCUAGAGAAGGGCGAGAAGGGUCUGGGUCCAGAGGCAUGUUCAUAUGGCCUGGCUGAUGGUGAGGAUAUUAUGAUGAGAAACUGGAACGGCACAAUUCUCGGACCCCCUCAUAGCGUACAUGAAAAUCGUAUAUACAGCGUUAACAUCCACUGUGGUGAUGACUACCCCGACGCUCCACCUUUAAUUCAGUUUGUCUCUCGGAUAAAUCUGCCAUGCGUUGACCCGCGCUCUGGAAAGGUUGAUCCAUCAAGACUACCUUGCCUGGCUGAAUGGAAGCGAGAAUUCACAAUGGAGACUAUCCUUCUUGAACUUAGAAGAUACAUGGCCCUACCACAACAUAAGAAGCUCCCACAACCACCGGAAGGGGCUACAUUUUAGGCUCGAGUAUGGGACAUCCUCAUAGUCCUCGAGUCUCUGCUUAGAAUGGAACCUCUGUAUUCUACAGUAAUACUCAUAUUCAGCCGUAUCGAACGAGAGCAGCCAGAAGCCCGGGUCAGCAACGGGCAUUAACUUCUGGCUUUAGAGUCGGAUAUUACCCAACCAAGACGACGCUACAGAAAUUUUAUUAUACGUUUUCCAUUGCCGUCAUAUAGGUCUUUGCGCUUCGAUGACCAUAGAGUUCCUGUCAAAGUUCGCUCUCUCCCUUUCUAACGUUGGCUUAGAACACAACACACCACUUGAUAAUGAAUUUAAUGAGUAGCUUGAGCAUUGAUUUUGGUCAAACCGGAGGUUCUUUUCAUAUCUCCUCUACAACGGCUUACAUUCCUCCUCUCACCCUCCUUGAGGCAUAACCACUAGUUUAGUCUUUAUGUGUGAAUGAUGAGGAGCAAUAUGCCGCAGCCC